AUGAGAAAAGUGGAAGGACAAGAAGAUUCUACUCUUGAUUUUGAUGGCUCUAUGAAAAUCACCGCGUUCAACAUGAAAGAAGAUAUGGAAGAUGGACAUUUUGAUGAUGCAGGGAACUUCAUUUUUGAUAAGAAAGAGAAGGAAAUCAAGGAUGCUUGGCUCGAUGAUAUCGAUUGGACGACCAUAAAAGAGAAAGCCGGUGACCAGUGGGAACAAUCAAAUGACCGAGAUGACGACGACGUUGCCCCGCCAACACUGAACGAUAUUCGUCGGAAGGAAAUCUUCUUGUCGUUGAUAUCGCGUAUGAAACCAAAUCAGACUGUCGCCAAAGCUCUCAGCGAUUUGAAGAAAGCCAAAGGAUUGUCAGCUGCAGAAGAACGGAAGCUUAGAUGGAAAGCUAAGAAAGAGGGAAAGACUUUGGAUGAAAGCGACUCACAGAAAGAGACACAAUUGAUUAGCGGUUUGGCGGACGAGCUAAUUUCGGCUGGUCACAUGGACGUGUACGACUGGACCCGAGAAAAGCUGGAGUUUCUGGUGAAGAAGCUAGAUAGUUCAGCAGUCGAUUCAGUGGAUAUGUUCUCAGAUGAGCCA